AGGUGACUUGAAAUAUUUUAAAACAUUCUUUACUUCCAAUGACCAAUGAUCAAUUUAACCAACCUAUUUCCGAAAUAGUUUUACGGUUCGAAAUCGAAUUAUCGUCUUUGUUCAGUAGCGAUAUUCUUGAGAGGCUCAAAAGAAUUGCGAAUUGAAAUUUCAAGCAAGGCUUGAAAAUUUUCAUGAGAUGAACUCAAGUUGUUGCAUGCUUCAACGCCCGACAGCAGCAGCCAGCAUUACAUAUAAUACAACUAAUUACAAACAAUACAACUAAUUACAAAUAAUACAACAACAUUACAAAUAAGUAAAUAAUUUCUAAAGAGUCGGAAGCAGGAUGAGGGUCUGCACUCUGAUACAAGUGUGGGUCUUGGGCGCCUCUUGUCAAGCUUUCCAUCUCCUCUCAUCUGACACUUCGAGACACGACUCUUUGGGUUCAUCCGAAUCCAGUUUUUUCUCGCCUUUAGGACGGGAAGAUCGGCCAUCGAACUUCCGCUUAUCGCGGAGUCCUGCUCAAAACGACGAGACCUUCACUUCAAGCUUGCAAACUUCUGAACCUGUUGUGCGGCAGCGGCGCGACGGCGUCGACCGAGUUCUGUCCAUCUUUGGGGGCGCCCUGCCAUAUCGGUCAUCCCGGAGCCAUCAUCAUCGACCGCAGCAAUGGCGUCCAGUGAGACCUCAUUUGGGCUCUGUGAAGCACCGUGGACCUCCUCCUCCUCGUCAUCACCACUCACAUCAUCCCCCGCAUCAUAAACACUUUCGAGGAGCACUAAAGCACCAUGGUCCACCGAAGCACAAUGGCCCUAUACACUUCAAGAAUCUAAGUCCCCCAAAACAUUUCCAUCAACAUGACAACCAUGGAGAACACCACCACUUUGAAGAGCAUCACGGUGGUGUCGUUCACCACAACGGCGGAGACGAGUAUCACGAUGAUGACAUCCACCACGGAAGCGGCAUUCAUCACGACAGUGGAAUCAACAUUCAUGAUUCCCAUAAGCACCACGGUAGUCCUGAGUAUCAUCAUUACGACGACCAUAGCUUGAACGACAUUCAUGACGGAGUUCAGCCUGACUACAUCGUCGAGUUGAACGCCAACGACCACGAUCAUAACUUUAGACCGUCAUUAGUGGACCCUCAUAAACCACAAUCAUUCAAGCCCCUUGAAUACCAUCAUUCUCAUGAAAAUUCCCAUGAUUUAUUGCAUGACCAUGGUCACCUUAGCGGUAUUGCAGAACAUAGCAUCUAUAGAGGCGACGUGCCAUUCAAAGUCGUCACUAACGAUAAGGAUCAUAUUCAUGACGGCCUUGACCCAGGAGGAGUGAAGGGACUAGAUCCUGAACUUAUCUCAUUUAUUAGCGAAAAAACACGGCCGUACGUCAUGGGUAUAUUGUAAAGACGCAGCAAGCAAAACAAAUGACUUAGUUUCAUAUUUUCAGCCAUUCAUCGUUGCCUUACAGGCUGCAUAUUGUGGUCAAACAGUACCAAAUGAGAGUAAUAAAUCUCCAAAUAAUUGGUUUCACAAGUGAAUCAAAUGACGUUACUUUCAAGGUCUCGAGUUGUCCUAAAAUUAUGCGUCUAAACUCUAAAGCAUAUCACAGGAGACCAUUGCUACUAAUGACUGGGAUUUGCAUCCAGCCUAUAGGGUUUCUUACGUGCAAAUUUUUAACCAAUUCAGGAGUAAGACUCCCACAUAAAUUUGAAUAGGCGAAAUACUAUAGUUUUUUAAUAUUUACGCAACGAGGCGUAUCGUAUAAGAAACCCCGGGGACCGCCAGAAUCAUGUAAAUGGAUAACAUAUAUGUUACAAUGCUAAUAUAAUCAGGGCGAGUGGUGAUUCCAUAAGUAAACUACGAAUCCCUAAAAAAUUUGAUCGAAGCAAGUUGUCAGCUAUGGUGCGAGUAAUAUUUUGACCGGCACCUGUGAGAAACUCAUGCGUAAUGUUGAACGUAGACAUGUGCGGCAGUCCAAUGCAAGUAGUGUGGUUGUGAAGUGCUCUGAAAUAUAUAACUCAUCAUCUCUGCUUGAUUAAAAAACAUUCUUUGUUUAUUGUUGAAACGAAACUUGCAACUCCUAGCUCGCAACUCGCAAGAUGAAACGAGCAUAGGUAGCAGGAUAAAUGUCAUGAUUGUGAAGUUCGUGACGCUUCCCAGGUUUUUUUAAACUAUCGAACUAUUGUUAAGAAGGCGGUUUACUGUCAGCAUUUGAUUCCUUUUCUAUCGCAUAGUCUUGAGCUAAGUUUCCCAUAUUUAUGUGUUCUGAAACCUUUCCCUACCAUGGUACGGUGCAAGGAGCUGAGAGUCUUUCGAUCACCAACACGGAUUUCAUGUUAUCAUACGUAAGAGGUUUUAGCAACUAUAACACAAAAUCAUUUUGCGUUUCACAUAGAAAAAAUAUAUAGUAAAGAAUUCUGUUUCUGUAUUCCAACUAAAAAAAUUGAAUGGAAACGCGAUACCGCAAAAAAAUACGAACGGAACUCAAAAUGAUCCGGUGCUAUUAACUAGGUUCGCGAAUCGAUCUAAUUUCAUCUAUCAGAUGAAAAAAUGCACUGUCUAUCCAAUUAAAACAAAUUCUCUCCCUAUUUUUAUCAAAGUAUUGAGGAUAAUCUAGUCGAAUUGAGAGCACUACAUAAAAUCCGCAUAUGUUUCGAGCUAUUAUAUAUUGUCACGAUCUGCUUUCUACGAAUCAGGACGAUUAAAUGCCACACUUCCUUUCCGAGGGCUAAAAUUACUAUCACCGACGAGUUAACCAAGGUUGACCUUAAGCUGUAACGAGCGUUCAUUCCAUCAUUAUUAUUUUCUAUCCUUGCAAUUUUUUAUUAUAAU